AUGUCGAAUAUACAACGCGUCCCAGACGAGAUCUGGGGACACAUCUUCGAAGGCUUUGAAUGCACUUUGCCUCCGGGUCAAUGGUGGAUGGAUAGAGUCCUCAAUAAUAGGACUCACCGCCUCACUCUUGCAUCGUUGUGCCUUGUCUGCCAGCAGUUCAGACGAUGCGCACAACCUCUCCUCUACAAGAACCUCAUCUUGGAGGGCGCAGAGCCAGACAAUGACACGGCCUUCGUAAGAGCCAUACGGGAGCUGGCACUGCAUCCUAGCCUCGGUCAAAACACUCGCAUCUUAACCGUUGAGAAUAAGUUCGGGAGGAGUGGAUACGACCUGCACGUUGACAGUGAGCAGCUCGCGUCGGCCAUAAGCAUGAUGGAUCUGCCACCCCGGUUUCGGCAGUUUCUUAGAAGUAGUCAUUUUGAUGUUGGACGUAUCAGUCCCGCAUCUCUCUGCCUUCUUUUCACUCCAAACGUGCAGUCGCUAGACAUUACGGUUGGGGAAACGCCACUACUUCUCUCCUGGAUCCUGAGCGGAAAUCUUGACCUGGAGAAGAGCUCAUUUCUGCCCAAGAGAAGCGAAGAAGAUGAGCCUGGGGAUGAUGCCGACUAUGGCCUUGGAUACGAUGAUGAUCAAGUGGUUAUUAGAGCGUAUUCCAACUUUGGGCUACCACGGCUGAAGGAAGUGCAUCUGAAGCCCUGGAGUGUCGUGUUCACCACGCCCAUCACCGAUAUAGAGGCAGCUUUCAUGCACCCGGGUGUCGAGACCAUGCGCAUGGUGGGCCUCGACUGGCGAGCCACACACGUACCUAAACGACGAUGGCCUGCUUCCACAUCCAACAUAAGGGUUUUAGAAUUGACGGAAUGCAUCAUGGAUGCGAGAGGCAUAGAGGAUAUGUUCCAGCUUUGUCCCAAGUUGGAGAGCCUCAGAAUCUUCCUCGCCGAUAGUAACCGAGCAACGGAAAUUCAGGAUGCUGAUUAUGAAAUCAAAAUGGAUUCCGUCGGCGUUGUGCUUCGGAAGUAUGGAAGAAACCUGGUCGAGCUCGACCUAGAGACUGCUGAGUUCGGUGGUUACAUCAACAGGGCCAUUGGCUCUCUUCAAGAUCUUGACAAUUUGCGCCACCUCAAAAUAGCACAAAGAGAUCUCGUUGGAUACAGCACCUUUUAUCCUUUCGACCCAGCGGUGCCUCAUCUUGUAAGCGUUCUACCGCGCUCCCUCGAGACGCUUUAUUUGCACUACGACAGGCUGUACAUGGCACUGGCGGCAGAUGAAUACAAACGCAAGGGCACAAACAACGAGAUUUGCGAGUUAAUCACCAGUGGAGAGUUUCCAAAUCUUCGCGAGGUCAAGGCCGAACGAUAUUUAGAGGAUUCAAAGCCUUUUGAACAUAGCAUAGAUGGUUGGCGGAACCUCUUUGGAAAGGACCAUCUACUGGCUGUCGGCGUGUGA